UCAUUGGGGACCCUACACACCCUUUCUGCCCUUUUGAAAUAGGGCUGUCGCGACAUAACAACAGCAAGCAUUAUCAAGAGAGAGGGCUAUGCAGAAAGCCCCUCAUCAUGCAUACACGUGCAUAUACAAUUGGGCGCGAUGCUGAAGGAGCUCUAUCCAGCGAGUUUGGCCCAAAUAUACCACGAUAGUGAAGUCAUUAACCAAUACCCGAUUGUAGCCUUAUUUCUGUUCUUAUCGGAGAGUCCUGAUGUAUGUAUAUCACUUUUAAAGUCCUCGCAAGCCGUUAUACCAGCGACUAGCUUAUUUAGCUUCAAGAGUAAUCGAUGCCAUGGUAUAAACAAAGGCACCGUCUCUCUGGCGACAGUUCUUGCAUGGGUCAACUGAAAGAAAGGUCCGGGGAAUUCAAUGGCGGUAACAGACGGCACAGUUGCAAUACAGUCAACCUUUAAAUUCUUGCUGCCUGCUCUCCCAAUUUUUUUAGCAUAGCAUCUUGGUUUGGGAUGGAUGUAUUAGGAUAGGUGCUAUGAGGGUAUCGUAUCUUUAGCCUCAACGAGCGGAGACUUCAGAGUAGAUUGCACAAUCAACGAUCGCGUUCCACUUUUGGGCUAUGCUCUAGCACAUAUAAAGGGUUUCGCCUUCAUCGCCACCAGUUCGCUAAAGUAUCUUUCUUGAGCAUAAUGCUUCUUUCGCUCGGCGCAAUAAACGUCUUUCCACCCUGUAGCAAUGUAAUACCAGGAUGCUCACUAUUUGCGAUGUGCAUGAAUUUACCGAACCCCAAGCUUUCUCUUCGAAUAGAGGAAUUAUGCACCAGCCCACUGCAUUUGAUGCAUAGCCUGUUCCUCUCUUUUCCAGAACGCGCCGCCUUCAGCCAAGGAGACAAGAAGGCAAUUUUUUUUUUUUUUUGGCUGAACUAAAAUGACGCUCUGCGUUUGUACAGCCGAUGGUCGUCUCCCGCCAAUCACCUGUAACGCAUGGGUUUUGUAAUACGCGCAGUAUUAUCUAUAUCAUAGACCUUUGUGGUGCCUGGGAGUUCUGCUAAAUAUGGUGCUACUCACGGGCCACCUUAUACCAUUCUAUGCGAUGCCCUGUGCGCGUCCCAUAGCUCCACCCGCAUGGCCACAUGGCUCCAACUCUAUAUACUACACUUCAUUCGUACGGCCGUAUUAGGC